AUCAUAGCAUGUAAAAGAAGUCAUAACGUUUGUUGAUCGCUCUAACUACAGUAUAUAAGUCUAAUCUCACAAGACAAGUUUUUUUCCGACCACAAUGUUAGUCACAGGAACAGACUCACCAACAGCAGAUCUGAGAGAAGGCAGGCACUCAGGAAGCUCUGCAAAGUUGUUCUGAAAGAAAGAAGAAGAAACGCUUACUGAAUUGAAUGUUAUAUAAAAGGAGAAGGAAGCCCCUUGUGACAAGAGACACAUUCAAAACAAUAAGUAAGUAAUGUAUCAUCUGAUAAUAUGUAAUUAUGUACGAUUAGAUUAAAAAUCAAUGUUUGUGUUAUUACAUUGUUAUGACAUAUACCGUAUUCAAGAAGAUAGAUGCCUGUGCCUCUAACUAACUACACAGUACCAUUAGGUCUUAUGAGGAUAUUAGAAAACCUCUGAUCAGCUGUGGAAAAUGUUGUAGGCUACUCAAUGUGUGAAGUAAUGAGAAGGGGAUGAUAUUUUGGCUUUAAGAAUUUGCAACAUAAUGUUGUACAACAAGGGGCAAGUCAGGAUACUGGAACUUACUUUUGAAGCAGAGAUUGUGAAAUGGAGAAUUUUACCAUGCCAUUGUGUGCACUGAAUAUGUGUGUAUGCAAACGUUGAGGAUUUACUAAGAAUGUUGGUUCAACACCUUAUCAAUGUAUGUAUGUGGUAUUCUAUGUUUCUAUCAAUAGGGAUAUAGUAUACAUAUGGUUCUUAUGCAUACAGUAAAUAAGAGCCAAUGGCUAAACUGAUGUGCAUUUACUUUUGAAUAUAAUGUUAACAAAACACCUUUACAUUAAAUCAGUUAUUUGUCAACAUUCAUAAGAAUUAGCUUAGAUCCUUUGUGCAUCUCCUGGUCACUUUAUCAUUGCUCUCUCAGCAGUGCUACAGAGGCCGGGUCAAUAACACCUAAGGUCAGCCAUGUAGCCUUUUAAGCUCUCAGAGCAGAGCUCUCUCUGGUGGUAAUGUGCUCUGAUACUCCCUGGGGAUAGGCUCUAACUAUCUUUCUGCAUCUGACUCUCGCUCUGCUCUCCAAGCUCAUCCCCAUCGCUUUAUCCAUAGCAUCCCUCCCUACUACUCACAGUAGUAGUGAGUAAGAUUCAAACAUACACACACACCCUCUGUCCAUAGAGGUUGAAUUGUCUUGCGGUUGUGUAUUUAAGAUGUUUAUUUAAUAUAAGGAUGAUAUGAUAGACAGAGACAUAAGAGAAAAUGUGAUCCAACAGAGCACUCUGUGAAAUUAUCUUUCUACUUGCGUGGAAGGAAUUAAUUCAUCUCUGUGUAAGUACAGUUAUCUGUAUGUUAGACCUUCAGGUCCCAAAUGGUUUCAUGUCCAUAUUUGAAUUGUUGAAUUAUAAGCAGGUGUUGAUGAUGGCUUUGCAUUUGCUUUGUUUAUGUGGCAGGGUUCAGUUCUUCUAUUGCUAUAACUGAAUUCUCUCCAAACUGUAAACAUUCACUCCUGUCGACAUGUUGUGCAUGAGAUCACUGUGAGAAACUGUACUGUAGGGCAGGCUACUAGCAGACACCUGAAUAUAACCAAAUUACAAUUGCUCACUGUUUGGUUUUGCAUGUUUGCAUGCUAGUUAUUAGUUAGAUGUGUCUGAAACUGUGAUUCUAAAAUUGCUUUGUUUCCAUGAUGAUCCAUGAUGUCAUUGUCUACCAGUCUAGUCGUUUUUAAACAAGGUCUGCACAUGAGGACAAUUCAAAUGUACACCGUUACAUAAAGACUAUCAGAGCAGAAUAAAACAAGCCCAGCAAUAGAUUAUUCAGCCUGAGUUUCAGCUAUACUGCAGUUAAUGUGAAAAUGCUCCAUUAGCAUAAGAAAAACAAUAAUGUGUUCAAAUGAGGAACAGACAAUAUGUUGUGGUGGGAGAGAUCUCAUCGUUUAUGUGCUACAGUUGGUAGACACUGUGGUUUAGUUUUUUUGUAAGUAGGGAGGGGUUUUUAAUCAUAUGACACCGCAUCAGAAAAUAGCCUUUCUUGUCUGAGAGGAAGAAGCCAUCUUGAGCCCCAAUGGUUCCAGCAGCAUUAGAUGAGUAGAUGAGGAUCUAUAAUGUACGUCAAGUGACAGCAAAAUGCCGACAUCAAUUAUGCAUACAGACAUGAUCUCAUAGAGUGGAUAUGAGACAUUGUUCACGUGCUGCACACUGUUUUACACUGAGCGUGUGUGGUGCCAUGCAAAUGGACCUGAGGUUACACUAAUUUGUUUUACAGUAAUGGAUCAGCAGAAUAACAAUAUGCAAAAAAAAAAAACGUGACUAAUGUUGAGCAUUAGAUUAUUUGUUUUCAGAAUGCUGUAGCCCCUAGUAACACAGUUCUGUAUUAUUUCAUUCAUUUGUCUCAAGGGUAUCAUAAACGAAAAUAUUUGAUGAGAAUGAGAUAGAUCUAGAUGUUCCUUACGUGUUGUUCCCCUCAUGGUAGGCAGAGAAGACUUCAGAGUUUCACUCUGAGUCACUGUCAACCCCCUUCCUAUUUUCUAGGGCAUCUACAGGGAAAUAGCAAAACAAGUCAAUUCUCAUGCCAUCCUUUUUAGGAGAAAUCAUUUAAAUCCCCAUAAUAAUGAUUCAUUCGGAUCAGCUUCUCUUGAAGAUAAUUUAGAUUAUUUACAUUGUGUCUCAGUAAUGGCUGUCCUAAUUUUCAGCUGAACUGUCUGGGAAUGUUUUUUCAGUUAUUUAAGUAAAGAAAGGGUUCCAGGCCUGGAUAGAGUUUUGUAUUAGUUACAGUUGUCAUGGGGAAGUGCUAAUAAAUAACCAGCUUUGUUAGCCCCCUGGGGGUGAAACAUCACAUGUCUAAAAGCUGGUGUAUUCAGAGGUCAACUCUCUUAUUAUGUUUCAGAGGAUCUAGAUAAAUGGAGGAAAUUGUAAAGUCAAUGUCAAGUUAUUAAAAUGUGUAAGACCAAGCAAUAUUUGAUCAUGCCAAAACUCAGGAAGAGAACCAUGAAUGCAGUCCCUCACUGCAGAAAAAUUCAAUUCAAUUAGAAUUUGUCAAUCCUCUCAGGGGAUUUAUGAUAUACUGAACAUACUGUAUUUACAUGACUAUGAUGUGAUAUCACUGUAACUCCUCCUCUAGACGUCCAGUCUGAGGAGUCAUUAUGAGCAAGUCUAAGGGCCCAGAGUACCCUUCCUUCUCUCUGGAGACGGAUGACAGGACGGAUGAUGAGAGGGCACAGAGCAGACAGGUGAAGAAGCCUGACCGGCUGGUGUCUGCCCUAGGCAUGGGCAGUUCGGGGGGGCCCAAAGCCCCCAUGGACUCAGACUACCAGGAGGAGCUGGAGGAGGCUGCUCCCAAGAUCAGAUUCAAUCUCAAUUUUGACAAGUGAGACAGCACAUUCACUGAAUAUAAUAUCACAUAUUGUACUGUAUGGAGACAAAUGGUGUUUAAAGCCUGAUUGUAGGGCUAAGUCACACUAAUAACAUUGUUAAUACUGUUUGAGAAGACACAGCUGUCUUCCCUCAGGGAGGCGGUUUUGUUAAUCAGAAGUUCAUUUACAAUAUAACAUGCGAAUAAGGUCUUUGUUUUGAAGCCCUUUUGGGAAAGACCAUUAGUUUUUUGUUUCCAAUUGAAGAAGAAAUGCUUUCCCAAUACUAAAGUCGAACAUAUUUUUCUUUGUAGGAAAGUACGAGGUUUGGAGGAGAACAAAGAGGAGAGGGACAGCAAGAGGUUUGACAUCAAGAGGCUGUUUGAGGCCGUGUCCACUGGUGAUGUCAUGAAGCUGGAGGGGCUGCAUCAGUACUUGCAUCAGUCCAAGAAGAAGCUCUCCAACACUGAGUGUGAGGGGGACUAUGCGUUACAGUAUAUAGUAUUGUAUAAUUGUAGCAUUUUAGGGUAACACUUUACAUUACAGUGCUAUUAUUGCUGUGUAACUACUUGUGUUAUUAUAGCGUAAUGAGUAUUGUAAACUAACCCUAACCUUAGCUUCAUGUCCACACCUCGAAUCAAUCCUAACCCUACCCAUUACCCUAACCCUAGCUUGAUGUCCACACCCUGGCUCAACCCAAAACCUAGUGUCGUGACGUGACUUUCAUUAUUGUGAUGACUAUUAUUUAUCGAAUAAUGACCUACUAUGUUUAAUUGUUACUAGAUUAAAUUAAUCAUGUAACAAUUAACUCAUUAGGAGUUUGGGGCACCACGGGAAAAGUUGUUUAACGAGUUACCGUUUCCGAAUUAACUCUAAAGAUAUCUAGAUAUCUCUUAUCAUUUAACAGUCAUUUAUUAAUCAUUUACCUAAUAUCAAUCUCAUUCUGAAAGUCGUAGGCUCUGAAAGUCGUAGGCUCUUUAAGUCUGCACGAACCCGGGUCUUACUGAUCAUUCCGUACCACACAAAUUGAUUUCAUUAUUUAUUUACUAACUAAUUAAAAAUGAUAACAUUUACAUUACAUUUACGUCAUUUAGCAGACGCGCUUAUCCAAAGCGACUUACAAAUUGGAUAACACAAGAUACAAACACGUACACGGUAUAGGUAGGGAUUAGAAACGUAAUACAAUGAAAACCGGUCCUUAGCGGACUAACACAAUAUGACACUUGUUACAAAAGAUGGCGAGUUAAAGCGAGAGAGAGAGAGAGAGAGAAAACACUUGGAUACACAUGGACCUAUGCUCACAGUAAUCCUAAUACUUUGCCCCGAACUGCCGCCCGUUUGGGAAGAAAAGCAAUGCAUGUAUUUACGUGUUGGAGGUCUUCGUUGUGUAUCUCUGUUGGACCCAGGCCUUCGUGGGAAAGGGUUGAUUGGGCCUUCUCUUUUGGAUGGCCUUUUAGAUGUAAGGCUCAUAUUGUCCACAAGAGGUCACAAUGUCCUUCUUCUUAGUUGUCUGUUUACUUUCACUUGUUCUGGAAGUGGUCUUCUGAGGAUGGCUAAUCAGCCGUGUCGAUGAUUCCCUGUGGGGUGAUGAGAGCAGUGUAGCAGAUGAUGGCUUGAAGAGAGUAACAUGAUGGUCCCACUUAAAUUCACCUUCUUAGAUACAGUACUUAGAACAGCUACUCAGCCGUAACAUUGAUUGUUAGUGGAGGCAACUUUGUCGUCUUCACCUCGUGUUGAUUUUCAGGGUCGGGACCAAUAUGGACGAAAGCUGCAGCUUGAGGUCCGUCUAGUCUGAUCUGAUAUUUCUUAUCUCAAUCUUUUAUACACUCUGGUAAAGAGGGCCGUUUCCGUCGUACUGACAUGCUCUCUGAGCUCCCUCGGGUGUGGCUAGUUACGAGGCAAAAGUAUUAUCAUCACUAUGAUUUUGUUAGAAAGCUAAAAUCACAUUCCUAUCUUCACGAAAACAUUGUCUUCCUCCUUGAUAUUUUCUACACAACAUAUUGGAUGUAAACCUGAUAUACACAAUGUAAAAGCUCUUCAAGUCACAAUGUUUUCAUUAUAACGCCUUCAUACCAUUUUUAAUGACAUCACAAAAUAUACAUUAAUUUUCCAUAUUCCAUUUCUCAUCAUUCCCAACGUUUGGAUGUUGAAAUAUAUUGUCCCAAUGUUCAUUGUUGGAUGUUGAAGUUUUUGGGCAGCAAAAAGUAUCUGAAACAAAGGCAUCACUUUCACCAUUCUGGAGUGCCAGAUAUAGAUUCUCAUCUCUAAUUUAUGGCAGUAUUAAGGUGUCAAGACCAGAACAGCCCCCCUGUGGGUAAGAUGGUCUGGUUGUUGUCGGCCAUUUGCCAAGCUGAUGUGAGGCCUUUGAUCCUCACCCAGGGAGAGUCAUGACACUAGCCAUUAACCUAACCCUACCUUCAUGUCCACACACUGGCUCAACCUUAACCCUAGCUUCAUGUCCAUACCCCGGCUUAACCCAAACCCUAAAUCUAACCCUAGCUUAAUGUUCACACCCCAGCUCAACCCUAACUCUAGCCAUUACCCUAAACCUAACGCUAGCUUAAAGUCCACACCCUGGCUCAACUCUAACUCUAGCCAUUACCCUAACCCUAUCCCUAGGUUCAUGCCCGCACCCCAAUCCAACCUUAACCCUAGCUUCAUGUCCACAUUCCAGUUAAACCCUAACACUAGCAUCCAUCCUAACUUUAACUUCAUGUCCAUGUCCCAGUUCAACUCUAACCCUAACCUCAACCCUACCCCUAACCCUAGAGUGGUAAUACAUUGUACCUAUAGCUGUAACACUAACGCUGACCCUCAAGUGUAUUACUUUAUACCCCAUUCUUUCACCUCUUGCUCUCCUAGAUCAAUCGUAUGGUAAAAAUGUCUUGCUGAAGGCUCUACUGAAUCUGAGAAACGGCAGAAAUAACACAAUUGAAUAUCUCCUUGACAUCUCAGAGAAGAUGGGGGACAUCAAGGAAUUUGUAAAUGCUGCAUACACAGACAGCUAUUACAAAGGUGAACUUUCAUAUAACCAGAAUUAUCAUUACUUGAUGUUGUUCAUUUAUUCCACACAUGCCUCUAAAACUCAGUUUUAUGUACACAGCCCUCAACCAAUGUAACAUACAAAUACGGUCAUGUAAGUGUAUACAGUGCCUUCGGAAAGUAUUCAGACCCCUUGACUUUUCCCACAUUUUGUUACGCCUUAUUCUAAAAUGGAUUUAAAAAAUAAUAAUCCUCAGCAAUUUACACACAAUAUCCCAUAAUGACAAAGCGAAAACAGGUUUUUAGAAAGUUUUGCAAAUGUAUAAAAAAAAAAAAAACAGAAAUACCUAAUUUACAUAAGUAUUCAGACCCUUUGAUAUGAGACUCGAAAAUGAGCUCAGGUGCAUUCUGUUUCCAUUGAUCAUCCUUGAGAUGUUUCUACAACUUGAUUGCAGUCCACCUGUGGUAAAUUCAAUUGAUUGGACAUGAUUUGCGCGGCAGGUAGCUUAGUGGUUAAGAGCGUUGUGCCAGUACCUGAAAGGUUGCUGGUUCUCAUCCCAGAGACUAGGUGAAAAAUCUGUCGAUGUGCCCUUGAGCAAGGCACUUAACCCUAAUUGCUCUGGAUAAGAGCGUCUGCUAAAUGACUAAAAUGGAAAUGGAAAUUUGGAAAGGCUAUAUAAGGUCCCACAGUUGACAGUGCAUGUCAGAGCAAAAACCAAGCCAUGAGGUCGAAGGAAUUGUCCGUAGAGCUCAGAGACAGGAUUGUGUCGAGGCACAGAUCUGGGGAAGGUUACCAAAAAAAUUAUGCAGCUUUGAAGAUCCCCAAGAACACAGUGGCCUCCAUCAUUCUUAAAUGGAAGAAGUUUGGAACCACCAAGACUCUUCCUAGAGCUGGCCGCCUGGCCAAACUGAGCAAUCGGGGGAGAAGGGCAUUGGUCAGGGAGGUGACCAAGAACCUGAUGGUCACUCUGACAGAGCUCUAGAGUUCCUCUGUGGAGAUGGGAGAACCUUCCAGAAGGACAACCAUCUCUGCAGCACUCCACCAAUCAGGCCUUUAUGGUAGAGUGGCCAGACGGAAGCCACUCCUCAGUAAAAGGCACAUGACAGCCCGCUUGGAGUUUGCCAAAAGGCACCUAAGGACUCUCAGACCACGAGAAACAAGAUUAUCUGGUCUGAUGAAACCAAGAUUGAACUCUUUGGCCUGAAUGCCAAACGUCACGUCUGGAGGAAACCUGGCAUCCAUCCCUCUCUGAAUGUCCUUGAGUGGCCCAGCCAGGACUUGAACCCGAUCGAACAUCUCUGGAGAGACCUGAAAAUAGCUGUGCAGCAACGCUCCCCAUCCAACCUGACAGAGCUUGAGAGGAUCUGCACAGAAGAAUUGGAGAAACUCCCCAAAUACAAGUGUGCCAAGCGUGUAGCGUCAUACCCAAGAAGACUUGAGGCUGUAAUCGCUGCCAAAGGUGCUUCAACAAAGUAAUGAGUAAAGGGUCUAAAUACUUGUAUAAAUGUGAUAUAUAUAUAUUUUUAAAUAUAAAUUAGCAAAAUUAUAUAAACACCUGUUUUUGCUUUGUCAUUAUGGGGUAAUGUGUGUAGAUUGAUGAGGGAAAAAAACAAUUUAAUCAAUUUUAGAAUAAGGCCGUAACCUAACAGGCCAUCAUUGUAACUAAGAAUUUGUUCUUACCUGACUUGAAAUAAAAACAUAGAAAAUACCAAAUGUGGAAAAGGUCAAGGGAUCUGAAUACUUUCCGGAGGCACUGUAUGUAAGGCCAUGCAUUUUCUGAUAGUCUAUCCUUUGUAUCUACGGAUCAAAUAGGCCAAACAGCCCUUCAUAUUGCCAUUGAGAGAAGGAGCACCUAUUUUGUUGAGCUAUUGAUCAAGAAAGGAGCAAACGUCCAUGCCAAAGCCUGUGGGAAAUUCUUCCAGCUCCAUGAUGGACCCAGCUUCUACUUUGGUGAGUGUGUCAGUAUCACUGAGCCUUGAACAGUAUCCUUCUCUGGUAGGUUUGACAACACUCUUCUGCUUGUCAGGCGUCUAGUCAUCCCUCUGAGAAUAAUCAUUCCCUUCUUUAUAACUAAGGGAACACAGUUGUCACUGUUGUGGUGGGUAGGGUAAUAGAAAGGACAUUGAAUUGAGGGCAAAUGUAUUUAUAGGUGAGCUGCCUCUGUCCCUGGCUGCGUGCACCAACCAGCCUGAGGUGGUGGACUUCCUGCUGGAGAACGCCUACCAGCGUGUGGACGUGAGGGAGAAGGAUUCCCUGGGUAACAUGGUGCUGCAUGCCCUGGUGGUGGUGGCUGAUAACACACCAGAGAACACUGACUUCAUCACCUCUAUGUACGACUACAUACUCACCACGGCUGCCCGCCUGCACCCCAAAUGGAGGCUGGAGGACAUAGAGAACAACCAGGGCCUGACGACUAUAAAACUGGCUGCCAAGACUGGCAAAAUCGGGGUAAAGGAGGAGUCCAAUACGGAGUGAUGUUGUAAUGGUGAUCGGCCCACUAAAGACCUUCUGGAGAACAGAUCAACAGUUUGUUGUUUCCAAAUUAUAUAAUCUCAUCUUCAUUGUAAUAUUUUGUUCCUGUUAGACGUCCGAAGAAAAUGCAUUGUUCCUCCAUAUGUGUUUAUCAUAAUCUGCUACAUCCUUCCAUUACGUGUAAAUCAAUUGUUGUAUUCCUCCUCUAGCUAUUUAAGCACAUGAUGCAUCGUGAAUUCCAGAAGAGGGAGACCAGACACCUGUCCCGUAAAUUCACUGAGUGGGUUUACGGACCCGUCCACUCCUCCCUGUAUGACCUGGCCUCACUGGACUCCUACGAGAAGAACUCUGUCCUGGAGAUCAUAGUCUACAGCAGUGACAUGCCUGUGAGUCACAUUCAUAUAAUAAUGAGCAAAUCAUAAGCCCUGUUUAUACCUAGUGCUAACAUGCCACCUUUGUCCUGGUCUUGUCCACAUUCUGAUUGUGGCCAGAUUUUCAGACAUGCGUCUACACAUCUGUCCACUGUGUCUGCAUUGUGACCAAAUUUGCUGAUCCCUCCCUCUAUGCAAAUUAUUUGAGAGGUAUUCUUUCAAAAUAAUAUUUGUUUAUUUAUUUAUUUUAAGACACAUAAUAUUGAUGGCCUGAGUCAAUGGUGCCACCUGUCAAUGAUUUUAGAGGGCUGGAUAAUGAUCAUUUAAAUGGUUUCACUGUCCAGAUUCGUCUACACUUCCAGACAUAACAUGUGCCUGACUACCUCUGAAGGUGGUCAGGAAGAUCAGAUCACAAUCAGAUCAAAAUGCAUCUUUUUAAAAAUAUGUUUAUAUUUUAUUUUAUAUUUUAUAAACAAUACAAAACAUACACAUACAAACGACAACAUCGUACAAACAUCAACUACAUCACACCUGCCCUGACCCACUAGCACACACCCCCAUCUCCAGGGCCCACAUCACUCUAUGCCACAUGACCUCAAACUGCACCAUUUUGUUUCUCUCCAUAGCCCACGCACUUUCAAUUUUUAGAUAAAGCAUUUGACCUUUCCAUUGCGUAACGACGGAGCAUUGGUUGAUUUCCACUUUUUAAGUAUAUGUUUUUUAAAGAUGAUUGACGAGUGAAGUAUCGUCCAACGCAUUGGGUAUCUCACUGCACCCCCUCAUAUGCCAUGUCUUGAAAUAUACAGACUGAUGGAUUAAAAGUACAUUUACAUUGUAAUACUUCUGAAAGCCAACUUUCUAACUCCGCCCAUAACUUUUGGACUUUCUAACAUUCCCAGAAGGCAUGGAUUAUUGAGUCAUUAUUAGUUUUAAAUUUCAGACAUGACUCUGCCUUUGUGCUGUAGAAUUUGUGAAUUUUGUCUCAAUAUAAAUACAUUCUAUAAAUUAAUUUAUACUGGAUUAAGCAUAACUUUUUGUUAACUGUAAUCUUGUUAGUUAUGUUCCAACAAUAUCAGUUAUUUUUAUGUCUUGGUUCCAAUAGUUUAUAUAUUUUUCUAAGAGGUUGUCAGUUGGAUAGGCUCUCUGCAAGGUUUUGUAUAGUUUACCUAUCAUGUGAAUAUCCUUUUCUGACUCAAAUAGGAUUCCCGCAAGAUUGCUCUGAUGUCCAAAAGAUUCUGUGAUAUAACACUUUUAAAUUGCAUGUCUUUGAAAAUAUUGCUUUUUAAAGCUGUAAUGUAAAUACAUGUAUUUCCUAUUACCAAGUAAUUUACAGUUUCUAUGCCUUUAGUUUUCCAUGUGGUCCAAUUUAUCGGUGAAUUCUGGAAAGCUAUCCAAGGAUUGUUCCAUAGGGUUGUGUUUUUAGGGAGUGAUAUUGGUUCUUGUAGAAUACGUUUCAUUUUCUUCCAUAUUGCUUUAGUGUUCUUAACUAUGAAGUUAUUAAUGUUCUUAGCUUUAUCCUUUGAAAAUAGACACGUAAAAAGAUUCUGGGGAUGAGCAUCUUAACCAUCUACACCUGUCUAAAGAAUAUGGGCACAAUCAGAAUGGGUCCGUGCUAUCCGGGAUGCUUGGGACAUCUCUACCCCAUUGCAGUUGACAUUUUAAAUGGUUAAGCUAAGGGUUAAGGUUAGGGUUAGGUAAGGGUUAUGGUUAGGGUAAGGGUAGGGGUUAAGGUUAGGGUAAGGGUUUAGAGUAUGGACGUCCCAAGGAGCCCGGAUAGCACUGACUAAUCAGAAUAUGGACAACAUUAGGAAGGACUCAUGUUUGCACCAGGUAUAAAUGGGGCUCUAGAUGCCAUUUCCUGCUGUUGUGCCCUUGAGCAAGGCACUUAACCCCUAAACUGCUCCAUGAGUGCUGCACUGUGAUUGACCCUGUGCAGCUGUGCUCCAACCUCUCUGUGUGUGUCUCUAUCAAUCAAUCAAUCAAUUUUAUUUUAUAUAGCCCUUCUUACAUCAGCUAAUAUCUCGAAGUGCUGUACAGAAACCCAGCCUAAAACCCCAAACAGCUAGUAAUGCAGGUGUAGAAGCACGGUGGCUAGGAAAAACUCCCUAGAAAGGCAAAACCUAGGAAGAAACCUAGAGAGGAACCAGGCUAUGAGGGGUGGCCAGUCCUCUUCUGGCUGUGCCGGGUGGAGAUUAUAACAGAACCAUGCCAAGAUGUUCAAAAAUGUUCAUAAGUGACAAGCAUGGUCAAAUAAUAAUCAGGAAUAAAUCUCAGUUGGCUUUUCAUAGCCGAUCAUUAGAGUUUAAAACAGCAGGUCUGGGACAGGUAGGGGUUCCAUAACCGCAGGCAGAACAGUUUAAACUGGAAUAGCAGCAAGGCCAGGCGGACUGGGGACAGCAAGGAGUCACCACGGCCGGUAGUCCCGACGUAUGGUCCUAGGGCUCAGGUCUCUCAGUUGGCUUUUCAUAGCCGAUCAUUUAGAGUUGAAAACAGCAGGUCUGGGACAGGUAGGGGUUUCGUAGCCGCAGGCAGAACAGUUGAAACUGGAAUAGCAGCAAGGCCAGGCGGACUGGGGACAGCAAGGUGUCAUCAUGCCCGGUAGUCCUGACGUAUGGUCCUAGGGCUCAGGUUCUCAGAGAGAAAGAGAGAACGAGAGAAUUAGAGAGAGCAUACUUAAAUUCACACAGGACACUGGAUAAGACAGGAGAAGUACUCCAGGUAUAACCAACUAACCCCAGCCCCCCGACACAUAAACUACUGCAGCAUAAAUACUGGAGGCUGAGACAGGAGCGGUCCGGAGACACUGUGGCCCCAUCCGAAGAAACCCCCGGACAGGGCCAAACAGGAAGGAUAUAACCCCACCCACUCCGCCAAAGCACAGCCCCCGCACCACUAGAGGGAUAUCCCCAACCACCAACUUACAAUCCUGAGACAAGGCCGAGUAUAGCCCACAGAGGUCUCCACCACAGCACAAACCAAGGGGGGGGCGCCAACCCAGACAGGAAGAUCACGUCAGUAACUCAACCCACUCAAGUGACGCACCCCUCCCAGGGACGGCAUGAAAGAGCACCAGCAAGCCAGUGACUCAGGCCCUGCAACAGGGUUAGAGGCAGAGAACCCCAGUGGAGAGGGGAACCGGCCUGGCAGAGACAGCAAGGGCUGUUCGUUGCUCCAGCCUUUCCGUUCACCUUCACACUCCUGGGCCAGACUACACUCAAUCAUAUGACCUACUGAAGAGAUAAGUCUUCAGUAAAGACUUAAAGGUUGAGACCGAGUCUGCGUCUCUCACAUGGGUAGGCAGACUGUUCCAUAAAAAUGGAGAUCUAUAGGAGAAAGCCCUGCCUCCCUCUAAAGAGAGAAAGACUAAAAGAUAGAUCUACUAGCAUAAAAGUGUGGCUAUAUUAUAUAAAUAUUAUCAAAUAUAAUUUCAGAAUCGCCAUGAGAUGCUGCAGAUUGAGCCUCUGAACAGGCUACUGGAGGAGAAGUGGGACAAGUUCGCAGCUCGGAUGUUUUUCUUCAACUUCCUGGUUUACCUGGUUUACCUCUCGGUCUUCACUGCUAUCGCCUACAACAGGAAGAAAGGAACGGUGAGGUCUUUGCAUUAUCACAAUAAGCUACAUUAUUCUAGCCUGGAUGGAUCCGAAGCAAUUAAGUUUGGAUCCAUGCUAACAUCAUUCAGCUAUAGAGGAGAUCAAAUUAUUAUUUAUUAUUAGUUUUUUUAUUGUCACAUAUAGGUGCAGUGAAAUGUGUUGUUUUACAGGGUCAGCCAUUGUAGUACGGCGCCCCUGGAGCAAAUUAGGGUUAAAUGCCUUGCUCAAGGACACAUCGACAGAUGUGUCACCUUGAUGGCUCAGGUAUUCGAAACCAGCAACCUUUCGGUUACUGGGCCAACGCUCUAACCACUAGGCUACCUGCCGCCCAAAGUGUUGCCAAAGUGCUGUCCAAUGAGAGUUAUUUUAACUUCAGCUCAAUUUCUUCUCUCACCCACUGAUAUCCAGCCACCUUUUACUCUGGAGCAUACCAGACAGGAGUACCUGCGACUCGCCGGGCAGCUUUUUACAGCAGCGGGAGCCUUCUAUUUCUUCGUAGGAGGGGUAUGUGUGCAUGUGUGAUGUGCUUUGAUUAAAUUUGAAUUAAGGCCGGGAUUAAUUCCGAUCCGCGCUACAUACGUGUUAUAGCGCGCUUGACAUUUAAAGGUAUUUUCUAAUUGAGCCGACAUUCCUUGAAUGCGAUCUCCAUUAACGCGGUACGAUUGCCUGUAAAAGCUGUGUUGUCUACAAGCGCGAUUGGAUUGAAUCCCGGCCUAAAUGUUUGAAAUAUCAUUUAAUAAAACUGUAUUCAAAAGUGCGGUUUAUCAAAUGUUUUCUUUUUCUAUCCCAAGAUAUUAGACUUGAAGAGAAAACGUCCAAGCCUGGACACUUUGCUGAUUGACGGAUACAGUGAAAUCCUUUUGUAAAUCAUACAAAAUCUCUCCACACACACUAAUUAUUUGAUAGAUUAUGUAUCAGCUGCCCCUGCAUUGAACGUAAUAACAUUAGAUACUUUAACAAUAACUAAGGGAUUAGAAGAAGUUCUAAUAAGGACAACACCACAUCUUUCAGAAUGCCUUGCAAGCUUGUGGGCUAGACACACACACUCCUACUGGUACACACUGUAUAAUAACAUGCUGAAGUCAGAGCAGUCCAACACAGUGCUAGGCUAUCUUUUAUCCUGACAUCUUAGGAUACGUUUUUCUAAAUCAUGUUGAUAAUGUUUCUUGGCAGCUCUAUGCAUGUGUGUGUGUAGGAAGUUAGUGUUUCACUAGUGUCAGAGGUUAUCUCUCUGUGAUUCCAACUCUCUUCCGCAGUGAGUUGAUGAAACACUUGACUUCAAGUUGCCUUUGUGUGUAGUUUUCUGCAGGCGAUCUUCUUCCUGGCCUCCUCAGUGCUGUACUGCUGUGGUAGGGAGGAGUACCUGGGUUUUUUUGUGCUGUGUCUGGCUCUCAGCUGGGUCAACCUGCUCUACUUCUCCAGGGGAUACAGACACAUGGGCAUCUACAGUGUCAUGAUACAGAAGGUAUACAGGAUACCAGGGCUUGUUUUCACAAAGAGUCUCUGAGUACGAGUGCUGAUAUACGAUCACUUGCCUUUUAGAUCAUAUUGAAUACAAUUCUAUGUACAGGAGGGACCAGAUCCUAGAUCAGCUCUCCUACACUAAGACUCUAGAAUACAGGCCCUGUGACACUCUUACAGAGAAGCUAUAGGAUUCAUUGCCACAGGGUAUCUACCAUUGGCACAACAUUGGUGUUAUGACCGAGCUGUAGUUAUAAUCCACAGUUCCUUUGAUACUCUCUUUCUUACUCUGUCUUUUUUUCCCUUUGUAGAUGAUCCUAAGUGAUAUCUUGCGCUUUCUCUUUGUCUACGUUACCUUCCUCAUUGGGUUUUCAGCAGGUAUUUCAUCUUUCUUCUGUCAAUUUUGCACGCAGGGACACAAACACAGCCUGUCAGUGGCUCAUGAAUUUGUUUAUUCUUCUAACAUCAUCAAAAGACCUAUCAAAAUUGCAGAUGACAGUUCCCUCGUACAGUGACACUUCUAAACCACUGAAAACAAUUGAGAGUAUAAACAAACAAUAUGAGUAUAAACUCAUAUUGUAUCAAAAAUAUUUGAUACACUGCCGAUUUUGCAGGUUUUCCUACUUACAAAGCAUGUAGAGGUCUGUAAUUGUUUUAUCAUAGGUACACUUCAACUGUGAGAGAUGGAAUCUAAAACAAAAAUCCAGAAAAUCACAUUGUAUGAUUUUUAAGUAAUUAAUUUGCAUUUUAUUGCAUGACAUAAGUAUUUGAUCACCUACCAACCAGUAAGAAUUCCGGCUCUCACAGACCGGUUAGUUUUUCUUUAAGAAGCCCUCCUGUUCUCCACUCAUUACCUGUAUUAACUGCACCUGUUUGAACUCGUUACCUGUAUAAAAGACACAUGUCCACACACUCAAUCAAAGAGACUCCAACCUCUCCACAUUGGCCAAGACCAGAGAGCUGUGUAAGGACAUCAGGGAUAAAAUUGUAGACCUGCACAAGGCUGGGAUGGGCUACAGGACAAUAGGCAUGCAGCUUGGUGAGAAGGCAACAACUGUUGGCGCAAUUAUUAGAAAAUUGAAGAAGUUCAAGAUGACGGUCAAUCACCCUCGGUCUGGGGCUCCAUGCAAGAUCUCACCUUGUGGGGCAUCAAUGAUCAUGAGGAAGGUGAGGGAUCAGCCCAGAACUACACGUCAGGACCUGGUCAAUGACCUGAAGAGAGCUGGGACCACAGUCUCAAAGAAAGCCAUUAGUAACACACUAUGCCGUCAUGGAUUAAAAUCCUGCAGCGCACGCAAGGUCCCCCUGCUCAAGCCAGCGCAUGUCCAGGCCCGUCUGAAGUUUGCCAAUGACCAUCUGGAUGAUCCAGAGGAGGAAUGGGAGAAGGUCAUGUGGUCUGAUGAGACAAAAAUAGAGCUUUUUGGUCUAAACUCCACUCGCCGUGUUUGGAGGAAGAAGAAGGAUGAGUACAACCCCAAGAACACCAUCCCAACUGUGAAGCAUGGAGGUGGAAACAUCAUUCUUUGGGGAUGCUUUUCUGCAAAGGGGACAGGACGACUGCACCGUAUUGAGGAGAGGAUGGAUGGGGCCAUGUAUCACGAGAUCUUGGCCAACAACCUCCUUCCCUCAGUAAGAGCAUUGAAGAUGGGUCGUGGCUGGGUCUUCCAGCAUGACAACGAUCCGAAACACACAGCCAGGGCAACUAAGGAGUGGCUCCGUAAGAAGCAUCUCAUGGUCCUGGAGUGGCCUAGCCAGUCCCCAGACCUGAACCCAAUAGAAAAUCUUUGGAGGGAGCUGAAAGUCUGUAUUGCCCAGCGACAGCCCCGAAACCUGAAGGAUCUGGAGAAGGUCUGUAUGGAGGAGUGGGCCAAAAUCCCUGCUGCAGUGUGUGCAAACCUGGUCAAGACCUACAGGAAACGUAUGAUCUCUGUAAUUGCAAACAAAGGUUUCUGUGUCAAAUAUUAAGUUCUGCUUUUCUGAUGUAUCAAAUACUUAUGUCAUGCAAUAAAAUGCAAAUUAAUUACUUAAAAAUCAUACAAUGUGAUUUUCUGGAUUUUUGAUUCCGUCUCUCACAGUUGAAGUGUACCUAUGAUAAAAAUUACAGACCUCUACAUGCUUUGUAAGUAGGAAAACCUGCAAAAUCGGCAGUGUAUCAAAUACUUGUUCUCCCCACUGUGUAUAUAUAUAUAUAUAUAUAUAUAUAUAUAUAGAAAAACUCUGUCAAUGGACUGUAAUAAAGCAUUCUCUGUCCCUCCACAGCGGUGGUCACUUUGCUAAUGGAACCUGAAUUGCCAGCCAAUAAUACAGCAAAGCCAAUAAACAGCACAGGUGGAAAAGUUCGUACCUUUUUCCCUCCCACUGGGGAGGAUUCGUGUACGAAACCCACCUUCAGGAACAUCUCUCACACCAUCAUGGAGCUGUUCAAGUUCACCAUUGGCAUGGGAGACCUGGAGUUCACAGAGGGGUAAUAAUUGAUUUUCCAGAUGCUAAAAGGCUCUUUAGAUAGAAGGGAGGGGCACUCUCCUCAACCUUAUCCACUAAUCUCUAGCACCCACCUCAGUGAUGCCAAGGCAGCCAUUUUUGCGCCAGAAAGCUCACCACACAUCAGCUAAACAAUGCCAUAUACUGUACUAGCUAUCAUGGUGGAGAAGUGGGAGUUAUUUAGGCAAUAAGGAAUGUGUUUUUUUCUAGAUACCAGUACAAGGAAGUGUUUUACAUGCUGCUAAUCUCCUACAUCGUGCUCACCUACAUCCUGCUGCUCAACAUGCUCAUCGCCCUCAUGAGCCGCACUGUGGAGAAGAUGUCCCUGGAGAGCACCAGCAUCUGGAAACUACAGGUGAUCCACCACGGAUUGACUGACGGACAGAUAGACGAACUGACUGACGCAGGGAAAUGGCACUAAUGUGUUGUUUGUUUUUGUGGAUAGUUUGGUCUUAACUCAUUCAUUGUAAUGAACAUCUGUGUGUCUACAGCGGGCCAUCACCAUCCUGGACCUGGAGAGGAGCCUGCCCCGCUGCUUGAGAAGGAGGCUUCGUUCUGGGGUGGACAAGGACCUGGGGACCAGGGCUGGAGAGAAAGACCGCCGAUGGUGCUUCAGGUGGCCAAUUUAUUUACAUACUGUAGAUGUUGAAUCAAUGAUGAGAGAAUAGAUUCAUUAUUUCAGACAUCACAACCUGGUUGUAUCAGACAAAAGUACAUGUGAACAUACCUGUACAUUCCUAUUGGAUAACAUACAAAAUAAAGGAUGAAUUCUAUAGAUUUGAUUGCUUCCAACAUCAAUAACAUGACAAUCAUUCCCAACACUAACCCAUUUCGACAUGAACCCAUCAUAUCAGGAAAAUAUCAUUUCAAGCCCCUCAUACAACCACAGCUGUGUGAUUGUGUGUCUAGAAUUAAAUGACUGAAUGCACUGCCGUUGUGCACAGCAGCACCACAGCCUGGUACACGGUGUGCUGCAUCAUUGAUCUGCUUUCUGUGACAGCUGAUGGAUGUGUCAUACACUCAGGGACAGUAAUUGGAGCAUGUGUCUGUCUGUCUGUUUGUCUGUCUGUCUGGUCUCAGAGUGGAGGAAGUCAACUGGAAUAAAUGGAACACCAACCUGGGCAUAAUCAAUGAGGAUCCAGGGUGCGGAGAUACGGCCAGGCUGUCCCCUACACACAGUAGCCGAACGCUAGGCAGAGGUAUAGGCCUAGUGUGUGUGUGUGUGUGUGUGUGUGUGUGUGUGUGUGUGUGAGUGUGUGUGUGUGGGGAGAGAGAAACUAUUUGAGUUUAUGGUUUGGAGGCAUUUUUACAGCUUCUGAAUCACAUAAUAUUCUUCUGUCCAAAUCAGUACUAUUCAAAUGUAGGUACACCCAUCUAGUACCGGGUCGGACCCCCCUGAAUUCUUCAGGGCAUGGAUUCUACAAGGUGUGGCAUUCAAACGUUGCUCAAUUGGUAUCAAGGGACUUAACGUGUGCCAGGAAAACGUACACCACCGCCACCAGACACCAGGUGUACUGUUGACACCAGGCAGGAUGGGGCCAUGGACUUAUGCUGCUUACGCCAAAUCCUGACUCUGCCAUCAGCAUGACACAACAGGAACCGUGAUUCGUCAGAACAGGCAAUGUUUUUCCACUCCUCAAUUGUCCAGUGUUGGUGGUCCAACUUGUUUUUAGCUGAUAGAAGUGGAACCCGGUGUGGUCGUCUGCUGCAAUAGGCCAUCCGUGACAAGGACCGACGAGUUGUGCGUUCCGAGAUGCCGUUCUGUACACCACUGUUGUACUGCGCCGUUAUUUGCCUGUUUGUGGCCUGCCUGUUAGCUUGCAUGAUUCUUGCCAUUCUCCUUCGACCUCUCAUCAACGAGCUGUUUUCGCACACAGGACUGGCGCUGACUGGAUGUUUUUUGUUUGUCGCACCAUUCUCAGUAAACCCUAGACACUGUCGUGUGUAAAUAGUCCAAGAGGGCGUCCGUUUCUGAGAUACUGGAACCGGUGCGCCAGGCACCGACGAUCAUACCACGCUCAAAGUCGAUUAGGUCACUCGUUUUGCCCAUUCUAAUGUUCAAUCGAACAUUAACGGAAUGCCUCAAUGCCUGCUUCAUAUAGCAAGCCACGGCCACGUGACUCACUGUCUGUAGAAGCAAACCAUUGUCAUGAAUGGGGUGGUUUACCUAAUAAACUGGCCACUGAGUGUAUAUCGACAUUAAUAUACUGUAUCAGUCAUUUUGGCAUGCAUACAGUUAAACAUUUGAAUCUCCUUUUUCUCUACAGAGAGGAGCUGGCAGGGGUUCCUGGGAAAUGUCAGUCGAAGACAACGUACACAGCCUCGGCAACAAACACAAGUAGAGAGCACAGAGAUGUCCCCUCUCAGCCAUAUCUGAAGAUAGUCUGCUCUCUCAUCCUCCUGACCUAGAUGGUUCUGUCUUCCUUGCAAUGAUUGUGAUAUGUGGUUGUUUUGCCUAUGCACUGAUUGCAUCUGCUAAAUGACUAAAAUG